AAAUUAACAUAAACCGAGAUUUCAAUCAUAUAUUAUUACUGUUGGUGUCCAUUACCCAACAUCCCUUCUGGUUUGUGUCUCUCCCCUUUCUUACGUGUUUCUCUCUCUCUGUCUCUCUAAAAAAAGAAAAGAAAAAAAAAAAAACGAAGAAAUUCACAUUAACAUUGUAGUCAUAACCACCUCUAAAAAAGUCUAGCUAAGAUUGAUUCUCAUCAUACCACUCUCUGUUUCCAUGCGAAUUUUGACCUUUUUUUAUUCAUAUAAACUUGUUGCCCACAUAAUGGAUUACAGGUUGUAUCGAUUCUGACUGCGUUUUCCUCCAUAGAGAGUGGUUCUAAUAAACUAUAUGGAUUCUUUUGGUUUUUCACGGAGGAGAGCAAAUCAAGCCCUUUCCUUCCAUCCCAGGUUUGUAAUUUAGGAUGCGAGAAGGUGCAGAGCCAGACAUGGGAGGCACGAAUCGGGGGUCAAGAAUUUACACUUGUUGAAUUCCAAAGAAAUUCAAUAUUUAUUAUUAUCUGGGUUGUUUUAAAUUAAUAAUGAUUCUUAACGAUCCAUGAUGCAUAUUUUAAUCUGGGUUUUUGCUGGGAAGAAGAAGAAGACCUGAGUUUGUUGUUAUUAUUAGAAAGAGGAGGUUAUCGAUGGAGCCAUCAUCUCCGCUGCCUAAUCCAGCUCCUCGGAAAAAGAUGACCAAACAAUUGACUGGAAAAAAAGAUGAUACAAAACUGCAUUCUGCAGCUAGAGCAGGAAAUCUAGCUGCUGUAAUGGAAAUCUUUUCUGAUACAGGGGAGAAAGCGUUGAAGGAAUUGCUAGGGAAGCAAAAUCAAUCAGGAGAAACUGCCCUUUAUGUCGCAGCCGAAUAUGGUUAUGUCGAUUUAGUUAGGGAGAUGAUUAAAUACUAUGAUCUUGCUGAUGCUGGUAUCAAAGCGAGAAAUGGGUUUGAUGCCUUCCAUAUUGCUGCCAAGCAAGGAGAUUUAGAAAUAUUGGCACUUCUGAUGGAGGCCCAUCCAGAAUUGGCUAUGACUGUUGAUUUAUCAAAUACUACAGCAUUGCACACUGCUGCAACACAAGGGCAUAUAGAGGUGGUGAAUUUUUUGUUGAGUGUAGGAAGCGGCCUGGCAACCAUUGCUAGAAGCAAUGGGAAGACUGCCUUGCAUUCUGCAGCAAGAAAUGGACACCUGGAGGUUGUUAGGGCACUUGUGGCAAUGGAGCCUGGGAUAGUGACAAGGAUAGAUAAAAAGGGGCAGACAGCACUUCAUAUGGCGGUAAAGGGGCAAAAUGUUGAGGUGGUGGCGGAGUUGAUUAGAGCAGAACCUUCGUCGGUGAACAUGGUGGAUACUAAGGGCAACACAGCAUUACAUAUAGCAACUAGGAAAGGAAGAACACAGAUUGUGCGGUUGCUACUCAGGCGCGAUGCAACAGACACAAAGGCAGUCAAUAAGACUGGCGAAACUGCCAUUGAUACUGCAGAAAAAACUGGACACCCAGAUAUUGCAUCCAUUUUGCAGGAGCAUGGUGUUCAGAGUGCCAAAACUAUUAAGCCACAAGUAACAAAUCCAGUACGAGAGUUGAAACAAACUGUAAGCGACAUAAAACACGAGGUUCACUACCAGUUGGAACACACCCGUCAAACUCGUAAGAGAGUACAAGGCAUUGCUAAACGUCUUAACAAAAUGCACGCAGAAGGCCUUAACAAUGCCAUCAACUCCACAACCGUUGUUGCUGUCCUCAUUGCCACAGUUGCCUUUGCAGCCAUCUUCACUGUCCCCGGCCAAUACGUAGAUGAUCCAAGCAAAAUUCACCCAGGACAAUCUCUUGGAGAAGCAAACAUUGCAGCCAAAGCUCCGUUUAUAAUAUUCUUCGUCUUUGAUUCUAUUGCCCUCUUCAUCUCUCUAGCUGUUGUGGUUGUGCAAACAUCAGUUGUUGUCAUAGAGAGCAAGGCAAAGAAGCAGCUGAUGGCAAUCAUUAACAAGUUGAUGUGGAUAGCUUGUGCACUUAUUUCAGUAGCAUUCUUAGCUCUGUCAUUUAUUGUGGUGGGCAAGCAUGGGAGGUGGCUGGCAAUUGGUGUUACAAUCAUGGGAACAAGCAUAAUGGUUACAACUCUGGGAACUAUGUGUUACUGGGUAAUUAAGCAUCGGAUCGAGGCCUCGAACAUGAGGAGCAUACGAAGAUCAUCGUUGGGAAGCAGGUCGCGUUCAUUUUCAAUGUCUGUAGUGUCAGAUACUGAUAUCUUAAACAAUGAAUAUAAGAAAAUGUAUGCAAUUUAAAUACCUUCCAAUCC